AUGCAGUCCGAGUUUGUGGAACAGAAACAGGGAGAGUCCCGCUCCAGUUCUGUGACACCGGACUUGGCCUCUGAUAAGCCUGUGGGCAAUGAUCUGGAGGGCGGUCAGUAUUAUACAGGGUUUCUCAGACGUGCCACCCAGUUACUCUCUCGAUAUGGAAUUGAAACUCAUGGCAUCGCCCCGGUACCAGCAGAGGAACGCAUAGACACUCGAUGGUACCAAAUGUUUUUCGUAUGGUUUUCUGUUAAUAUGAAUAUCGGGACAUUCAGCGUUGGCACUGUGGGACCUGCAUUUUUUUCCCUGGGAGUUAAUGAUUCUAUAAUCAUCAUUGUCGUUGUUGACCUGGUGGUCUGCUUGUUGCCUGCGUUCUCUGCUGUUUUUGGGCCAAAGCUUGGCACGCGAGCUAUGGUACAGGCAAGGUUCUCAUGGGGGUAUUUCGGUGCCAUCAUACCGGCCGUUUUAAAUGUUUUCUCCCUGCAAGGCUUCCUUGUCCUGGGCUGCAUCAUUGGUGGACAAGCGCUCGCAAGCCUGUCUUCUCACCUUGAUGAUACUCUUGGUAUCGUUAUCAUUGCUGUCAUAACUCUUGUGGUCACUUUCUGUGGAUACCGCGUCAUUCAUUGGUACGAAAGUAUCGCCUGGAUCCCAAAUGUGAUUGCUCUUAUCACCAUGCUGGGUGUCGGUUAUCCACAACUACGCGACAACCAAUCAACCCCUGUUUCUCAAGCAACUGUCGCUGAGGUUAUCUCUUUUUCGUCUAUCCUCACAUCUAGCAUUAUCAGCUGGUGUACCGUGACCCCCGACUAUGGUGUAUACCACAGCCCUGCUGCUUCUUCUACAAGACUUUUUCUCUACACGUAUAUCGCGUUUUUCACUUCUAAUGUGGCUUGCCAUACUCUCGGUGCUGCGUUCGCAGCCGCAGCUCCUAACGUGCCUGUUUGGAAUGCAGGAUUUAACAACAGCUCUUCCGUCGGUGGCUUGUUAUACAGUGUGCUGCUACCUACAGGCGCAUUUGGAAAAAUUCUUGUCACUCUGGUGGCUCUCAGUAUACCCAGCAUUUGUGCACCAAAUAUGUAUACGUUUAGCACCAGUUUCAUGACUAUGGCUCCGUGGUUUGCUGGAAUACCUAGAUGGAUAUAUAUUCUCAUCUCUGAAGCAGUUCUGAUACCAGUAGCCAUUAUUGGCGCCAAAAAGUUUUAUAACACUGUCGUUGACAUCCUCGAUCUCAUCGGAUACUGGUCGUCAGUAUUUGCUGCGAUUAUUCUUACAGAACACGUGUUAUUUCGGCGAGCCUCGUUUUCUGAGGAUCAAUAUCCUAUCACGACUUGGGCUUCAUAUACUCUUUUGCCUAGCGGUAUUCCCGCGGUCGUGGCCUUCGCGUGCGGCUGUGGAGCCCUUGUUCCAUUCAUGUCGCAGGCUUGGUAUGUAGGACCAGUGGCCAGGCAUGGCAGUGGAGAUGUUGGGGUAUACGUAGGGUUUGUGGUGGGGGCUAUAACAUACGCAUUGGCAAGGGGUUUCGAAAAACUGUGGUACAAAAAGAUGAAUAAGUCGGAUGCCUAGUAGUAGUUGUUUUUAAGGUAAACAGUAUGCGUGUACAUGAACUGUUCUGUGACCCUGAA